CACCGGAAAUCUCUCCUUGUUUACGGGGUAAGGAUCGAGUGUUGACUCCAGAUAACUCCGAUUCAACGACCUAGUGGUAUUUUCAGGACUGACAAAAGGAGAAGGGGGCUUUGGUGGCCAUUCCUAGAGCACUGUGUACAAUUGGACCCUCUGCUAUAAAGGUCUACUGGGUGUAAACCCGCAACAGAAGCGUGUCCUGCCCAGCUGGGACUCAUUGGAGGAUGCUUGUUAACUUUACUGGUACUGUGCCUCUCUGCUCGGCCGAUCACCGCCUCCAGUAGCACCAUGACUGGUAGCCCGGGCAGGAUCGACCGCAGACGCCUCCACAAAUCCUCCAAAUGAUAUGAUAGUAGCCACCUGGAUUGCAUUCUGUGCCAGCAGAAGCCUUGCGCGGGUUCUGCGACUCACCGUAGAACAGCUGCACACGCUACAGUUUUGGCAGACCCUCGGGGCCACCGGAACCAUGGGGAACAGCUGUGUAUGCAGAGAGGACAGUGACGUGGAGGAUGGAUCAGCGCCCCGGAGGCAGCUGAGGCGCGGCGACCACACCACCGUAGAGGCGCCGGAGGCCCGGGGCAGCCGCCCACGGGACCCGGUUAGGCCGCCCAGACGCGGUCGAGGACCGCAUGAACCUCGGCGAAAAAAGCCAAACGUUGACGGCUUAGUACUUGAUACAUUAGCCGUUAUUAGGACUCUGGUUGACAAUGACCAGGAGCCGCCGUACUCCAUGAUCACACUACACGAGAUGGCAGAGACAGAUGACGGCUGGUUGGAGGUGGUCCAGUCUCUGAUCCGGGUCAUCCCUCUGAACGACCCGCUGGGGCCUGCUGUGAUCACGCUGCUGCUGGACGAGUGCCCUCUGCCCACCAAAGAUGCUUUGCAGAAGCUGUCGGAGAUGCUGAGCUUGAGCUCAGCUGUGGCGCGUCAAGAUGCACUCAUCCCUGCCAAACACCGCAACACCACCGCUGUGCUGGGCUGCCUGGCUGAGAAACUCGCCGGCCCUGCCAGUAUAGGCCUCCUCAGCCCUGGAACCCUCGAGUACUUAUUGGAGAGUCUGAGCUCAGAAGCACACCCCACUGUCAUGCUCUUUUCUCUCAUCGCACUAGAGAAGUUCUCCCAGACAAGUGAGAACAAGCUCACGGUGUCCGAGUCGUGCAUCAGUGAUCGUCUGGCGGUACUGGAAUUAUGGGCGGAUCACUUGGACUACCUGAAGCGGCAGGUUGGAUUCUGUUCCCAGUGGAGUCUGGACAACCUGUUCCUGAAAGAUGGUCGUCAGUUUACAUAUGAAAAGGUCAACCUGAGCAACAUCAACGCCAUGCUGAACAGCAACGACGUCAGCGAGUACCUGAAGAUCUCGCCCAGCGGUCUGGAGGCUCGCUGUGAUGCCUCCUCUUUCGAGAGCGUCCGGUGCACGUUCUGCGUGGACUCUGGCAUCUGGUACUACGAGGUCACGGUCAUCACCUCUGGGGUCAUGCAGAUCGGCUGGGCCACCAAGGACAGCAAGUUCCUCAACCACGAGGGCUAUGGGAUAGGAGACGAUGAGUACUCGUGUGCUUAUGAUGGCUGCAGGCAGCUGAUCUGGUACAACGCUCGCAGCAAACCUCACUCCCACUCCUGCUGGAAAGAAGGUGAUGCCAUAGGCUUUCUUUUAGACCUCAAUAAGAAGCAGAUGAUCUUUUAUCUAAACGGACAUCAGCUUCCCCCAGAGAAGCAAGUGUUUUCAUCAGCCACGUCGGGCUUCUUUGCUGCGGCGAGCUUCAUGUCUUAUCAACAGUGUGAGUUCAACUUUGGGGCCAAGCCGUUCCGCUACCCCCCAUCUGUCAAAUUCAGCACCUUUAAUGACUUUGCCUCUCUGGCAUCUGAUGAGAAAAUCAUCUUGCCAAGACACAGACGCCUGGCCCUGCUGAAGCAAGUGAGCAUCCGAGACAACUGCUGUACCCUGUGCUGUGACCAGAUGGCUGACACAGAGCUCAGACCCUGUGGACACAGUGGGAUUUGCAUGGAGUGUGCCUUACAGCUGGAGACGUGCCCUCUGUGUCGCCAAGACAUCCAGACGCGUGUCAGACUAAUCUCCCACGUGUCCUGACACCAGCGCUCCUCCCUCGCCGCCCUCUCCCCACCCACGCAAUCUCACUGAGGGACACGGGGACUCGGACAUUCCCCCGCCUUCAUUCGAAACAGUCCCCUCUGUCCAACAGAAGACACACACCUGACCAACAGAAUCAUGAUUUGAGGGCUCAACACUCACCGGUCUGUCAGCCCACAGAAAAAGAGAGGGAGAGAAAAACAAGAGAGGAAGAAGAGGAAGAUGGGGGAAGAGUUUGAAAAGGAGGGGGAGGGGUGGACUGACAUCUUCCCCUUGGAGCACUGCACAGAGUUGCAGACUUGCUGUCUGUGAGCGUGAAUGUGUGUGUGUGUGUGUGUGUGUGUGUUAGUGCCAUUGUCAGACACAGAGAAAGAGGGACGACAAGUUUCUGUGUGGAGACAGAAAAGCAUUUGUAAAAACAUGCCAUAAAACUUCAUGCGAUACAUACACAGCAACAUUCUACACAUGGAUUGGCCUUUUGCUCUUUACUCCCCCAACCCCUUGGAGGAGAAUAUACUCCCAAGAGACGCUCUGCUCAGUGUGUCCUACGUAUCUCUGCGUCAAGAUGUGUUCAGUGUAUCUGUGAUAUCUCAUGUUUCAAUUCCAACUUGACACAAAGGCACAACAGCAAAAAAAAAAAAAAAAAAAAAAAGAGCUUCGUUACCUGUUUUUAUUUUCGUGGUGGUGAUGUCGAUGCCUGACUCCUGAGAGGUGCGUAGGCUGGGCCCAGCUUCGUCUCCACAUGUCUCUCCUUUCUCUUCUGUACUUGAAACGGUUCUGGAUAAACUCCCCACAACCUGAAUGAGAUGUGUUAUAAAAAAGAGAGAAAAUUAUGAUUGUGAAGAAACUGUGAGUGAAAUGGUAUAUAUAUAUUUGUGCAAAAGAUAAAUGCAAAAAAGCAGAUUCUGCAUUUAAUAAUAAAAUGCCUGAUCAUGAAGGGUAUUAAGUUAAUAAUUAAAUUUGUAGAGGUUCAAAUUUGGAAAAUGAUGAUGCCCAGGAUGAACAGUUACCGAGAAGGGGUUUUUGGGUAUGAUGUGCUUUUUGGCCAAAUAGUUUUGGCUGCUAAGAUAUUUGUUUGGGGUUGUUGGGCAGCCAUGGAUGUAUCCUGGGGUUCCAAAGAUCAUUUAAUGACAUACAAAUCAUUUUUUCUGGAUUGUGAUGUUUGUAAUAAACGUCUGUUUAUGUGUUGCAUAA